AUGUCGCUGACUCUGGGCCUCGUGCAGAACGGCAGCAGAAGCUGGACGGGCUCGAUGGUCGACCUGAACGAGACCGCCUACCGGCGCAGUGAACUAUCGAGCGGCCCGAUGCUGCUGCGCCGACGGCUCGCCAGAUACGCCUCCGCCCCCGCGUCUGCGUCCGGCUCCGUCGCCUCGAGGCCCGUCAAACACGCCGACCUCGAGGCCGACGGCGACGGCGAGGAGAGCGUCGCGUCCGGCACCUGGCGCCCCAUUCCGCCGGUCGAUUACGCCUGGCAGAGCUCCGAGAGCGACGGCGACGGCGACGACGACGACGACGACGACGACGAGGAGGAGGGGGCGGGCAGCCGAGCGACGCGGCCCGCCUCGCCGCACUGGUACUGGCUGGACGGAUUGCGCGAGUACGUCGGCCUCUCGGGCCUGUUGCGACGGAAACUGGCGAGCGCGUUCGCCCAUCGCGACCCCACGCCCCGGUCGGGCCAAGUCGCCCCGGACCCGGCGCCCCAUUCGGCCGUGCGCGGGUCACCCGAUUCCAGCCUGUUCGUGUCCGGGCCGACGGACGGCCCGGAGACGGGAGAGCCGGACUCGCCGGAGGCGGGCGAGUCGGGCCGGGCGAGGCCGGUGUCGGGGCUGAGGCCGCGACGCCGCCAUUGCCUGAGCGACGGCGACCUGUCGACGGCCAUCGACACGAAGGCCGCUCUCGACUGGGCCUCGGCCAAGCAGCCGCCGAAGCCGCUCGGCUCGCCCUCCUCUUUGGCCGAAGACGACGACAGCUUCGAUGAGCCGGGCUCUCCCGACGCGUUUCUCGCGUGCGCCGAGACCCUCGCGACCGUAGAGGCCGUCGAGACGGUCGAGACCGCGGCUCCGGCCGUCCUCGCGACGCCCGUGCUGGGCGGCGAAGAGGCGACUGGGGCCGACAGUCUGCUCGACUCGUCGCUCGACGAGCCGGCCUCGUUCGAGGCGCUCGAAUCGAGCUCGCCCGAGACCAGCGACGCGUCGCUGGGGCUCGCCGAGCCGCGCAAGAAGCUCAGGAAGACGGUCACCUUCGCCGAUGAGCUCGGCAAACUGCUGACGGAGGUGCGCGUCUUUAACGAUCCCCUCUCGCGAUCCUGUCUCGCAUGUAAGCCCAGCAACAGUCGCUUCUGCUUCCUGUUGUACACUCACCUACCGAGCCUCUUGAUCCCCUCCUCUUCCCUAGUCAUGACUCUUCAGUUCGAGGGAAUUCGUCAAUCCCACCGGCCCACCCUCCUGCCAUUCUAA